ACGAAGAUUAAGAUUAAUCCAUAAGCAUUUACAACUUCUUUAAAAUUAUAAAUUUAUGAAUUAAAAAAUAAGUUAAUUUCUUGGUAGCAUUCAAUAUUUUUUUAAUAGUGGGCGCGGGCCACCCAUUUUUUCUAAAGCUUUUUUUGUCAGAAGAAGUCCGUUUUCAAAAUUUGAUGAAGCCAGCGUUUUGGUAAGUAUUUUUAGGGACAAUUUGGGUUUUGGAUAUAGGAAAAAGAGGGCGUGGACCGUUCAAUUUUUUCUCAAGUUGCUUUUUUGUACCAGGAAGUACUACUUUGAAAAAAGGAGGCGUGGCCCGCCCAUUUUGUUCUCAGAUCGAUUUUUUUAUCAUUAGAAGUCUACACACCGAAUUUGGUGAAGCUAGCUUGCCAAGAAGAAGAAAAUUUUUUGCCGCUAAAAUCCCAAUUUCGGCCAUAGUGCAUUGAUGACAUAAUAGUUUUCGGCGAAGAUAUAGAAAGCCAUCUCCAAAAUAUUGAACAAAUAUUUCGCACUCUCAAAGAAGCAAGUAUAAAAGUUCAACUGGACAAGUGCGAAUUCUUCCGAAAUGAAGUCGGGUUCCUAGACUUUAUUAUUUCACCAAGUGGUGUAAAAACCAAUCCUUCAAAAGUUGAAGCUAUACAAAAUUUCCCAUGUCCGCCGCUUCAUAAGGGAUUAUGCUAAAUUAGCAAAGCCCGCCACUUCGCUCUUAAGAGGGGAGGAUGGACGCAUUUCAAAAAAUGCAUCCUGUAAAAAGCAGAUAACUCUCAAUAGCGCAGCACUAGAAGCCCUCAAUAAAAUAAAAUCCUCACUCGUUUCAAAGGAAGUAGUUCUAGCAUAUCCUGACUUUAAUAAAGAUUUUCACCUCACCACUGAUGCAUCUAAUUAUGCUCUCGGAGCAGUCUUAGAACAAUCAGGCAAACCCAUAGCAUUCAUAUCCCGUUCACUAAGUAAACCCGAAGAAAAUUACGCCGCAAAUGAAAAAGAAAUGCUGGCAAUAAUAUGGGCACUUAAUAGUUUCAGAAGUUAUUUGUAUGGUUCACCCAAAGUAAUCAUUUUCACAGGCCAUCAACCCCUAUCCUAUGCAUUAAGUAAUAAAAAUUAUAACGGAAAAAUGAAAAGAUGGAAAUGUAUCCUCGAAGAGUACAAUUACGAAAUGAAAUACAAACCAGGAAAGACAAACGUUGUAGCCUGACGUUAACGCCCUAACGACUACUGACCAUAGCGACGAAAGUUCCGCACAUCAGCUCGUCCCAUCCCUGAAGCACCCAUAAAUGCCUUCAAAAAUCAACUAUUCAUCUUAAUCGGUGACAUAGAUAACUAUAUGUUUGAAAUACCAUUUCCAUGUUUCCAUAGACAUACAAUUACAAAACGAGAAUAUUCGACACAGGACGGAACACUUAGACUAAUACACCUCAUUGACCUAGACCGUUACGAACAUUUCCUGACAGAAACUUAUAAUGAAAUAACCACUCAAGUCCCUAAAGAUAACUUCCUUUAUCCUAUCGUCAAACAUAUGUAAAACUACCCAAACUUUUGAAAUCCUCAACACCCUUAAACAGGUAGAAAACAAAAAGAAGAGGAGAUCAAUUGACAUAUUAGGAACGGCAUGGAAAUACAUCGCCGGAUCUCCUGAUCAUAAUGAUCUUAAUAUUAUAAAUGACAAUUUGAAUAAUCUGAACCAAAAUAAUAAUAAUCAAAUAAUUAUUAAUAAUUUAUUUGAAAAACGUAUAAAUAAUAUAACAAAUAUUGUCAAUAAAAUGUUAAAUACCAUAAAAAAGGACGAAGACACUAUAACAGAAAUUAUGAUAAAUUUACAAAACAGAAUAAGAUUGAUCAAAGAAGAAUUAAUAAAUAUAAAACAUGCCAUCCAAUGGGCAAAACAAAAUAUAAUAAACUCAAUACUUUUAAGCAUUGAUGAAGUUAAAUUUUCUAUUAAUAAACUAAAGGAGGAACAAAUGCCUUUUAAAACUGCCGAAGAGGCACUGAAAUUCUCAAAGAUAAAUGUACUAAGCAAAGAUAUGACGAUUUUAUAUAUGAUAAUAAUUCCGUUAACCUUUUAUGAAACAUUUAAAAAAAUAAUUAUAAGACCUGUAAAGAAAGAAAUCAAUUAUGUAAUGAAAACGGACUAUAAAGAAAUUCUUAAAGGAAAAAAUAAAAUAUACGGAAUUAAAAAUGAAUGUGAAAAUUUUAACGAAAUAGCAAUUUAUAAAGAAAUUAAUCUAAUAGAUCUAAGUAAAGACGAUUGUAUAAGUAGAAUAGUAAAUAACUUAAAUUCCACAUGUACCAUAACAAACGGGAAUCACGUCCCCACAAUCGAAGAAACAAAAACUGGAAUAAUAUUGCUGAAUAAAUUGAAUGGAAAAAUAGAAGCCGAUGGGGAAACUAAAGAAAUAAAUGGAACACAUGUCAUAAUAUUUUACAACUCAACAAUCAAAAUUAACAAUCAAAUAUUUAGCAAAUUCGAAGCAAAAACAAUUGAAGCCAUUCCCGCAAUUUUUCAACCAGCCCCAACAGAAAAAGAACGUAUUGAAUUGCUAUCAUUGGGAGCUUUAAAAGAAUUACACCUCACCAACAUCAAGCGGAUAAAUUCUCUUAAGAAAGCUACACUAUCUAUUGGCAGCCUGAUAUCGGUAGCUUUAACUACCACCAUAAUAAUUUUUAUCUUAUUACGGAAAAAGAAGAUUGAAAUACAAUAUAUAGAAAAGGAGAUAAUAAGACCUAACAUGAGUCAAAUAGAUACCCUUCCAGAAGAAACUCAUAAUAUUCCAAAUUAUAUAAAAUUUAACGAUCUACCUUUCUAUUGAUGAUCGAGGACGAUCAUAUUUAAGAGGGGAGGAGUUAGCACAGCACUUCAGACAAUUCCCACCAUCGGUCAGCAACUCAGUACGAAACUCGAAACCCAGCAAUAGCUGACGUCGCAUCAGCAAUAUUAGCGGCUUCACACGCGCAUCCGAUUAACUGCUGACUAUAGGGAACGUGACCCGGUACAAGCGUAGGUUUAAUUUAGACUUAAGGUAAGAAUUGUAUUCAGUCUUAAGACAACAUUUUUAUAAUAAAGACGCGCACGCGAGUCCGCUAUCCCUUUUUUAAAAAUCAAAACCACAAACUAAUGGUUUAAUUUACAUACAUAUGUAUGUACAUAAACACACGCAAUUAAAUGCAAUGUGCAUCUAAUAAUAAUAAAAAUGCAUGAGACACAAAUCAUAAAUUUACAGAAGAGAUAACAUUAAACACACACACACAUGUAUUAAAUUGUACUCUUGAAAAUAACCCCAUGUCAAGCAGCAAUAAACAAUAUGCUGCAAUAGAUACAAACAUACACACAUGCACAUAUAUGUAUUUAGUUAUUUAAGAUAGUUUUAAAAUUUGUAUAUAAGCAAGAAAAAUACGAAAUAAAAUCAGAAUGAAUACGUUCUCCCUGAAUAAAAGUCUUUCAUUGCCCCCCACCGGAGGUAAGGAUUGUAAGAAACUAUA